GAGUAGCAGGCAUCCUGACAGGGAGGAGAUGGAGCUGCCUAGCAACAGGUUGUACUCGGGGCCUCUGUCUGUGGAGGCCCAGAAGAUCCUGGCUGUCCUGAGGGCCCAGAGUCGGCACACAGCCAGACGCAGCCAUAGCUCCUCCCAUCACAGCCAACUGGAGAGCAGCCAGGUGAGCAGCUGGAGCAUGAGUCAGGAAGACAGCAGAAAGACGGGCACAGACAGUUCUUGGUCCAGGCCCCAGGUGUCCCCCACUUCCACUUCCUACCACGAAGCCUCCAAUCAGCGGCAGUGCUCUCAGUCCUCGCAGAUGCCAGACUCCCUGACCCCCUCAGGUUCCUCCUUCCAAAGGCACACGUCUCAGUCUGAGGCCUAUUAUCGGCCCUCGCAGAUUUAUCCCCACAGAAAAACCUCUGAACCUCCCGCUGGCCACUCCAGUCAGGCUCUGUCAUUCACUCAGCGUGAGGAGACAGCAGCACCGAUCCCCCAUAGAGGCCCCUUCACCCUGUCCCUCCAAACACCAGGGAGAUUUGGUGAACAUCAAGCUACACCAUGGAGAAAUUCCGCUGAAGUAAUCAGGCCGCCUUUCAUCCAAAAUCUUUCUCUCGACGACGAGGUGGCUUUGUUUCCCACAACCGAACACCCCAAUACCCAAAGAAGAGAAGCAACUGUUCACAAGGUUUAUUCCUGCUUUAAAAUAAGUGAAGAGACACAGAAUGACACAUUAGUUCCACAGAAAGGAAACGCAGAGAGCUGGCAUGUCCUCAGAAAGAAGACAGACCACACUGUAUCUUUGGACAGCCUAUCAGAGUGGAGACUCCCUCUAUCCAACCCCUCUGAAGAGGUCAUUCGCGGAGAGCAAGAAGGAGGAUUACUAUAUCAGUUAGAAGAAGGAGCUGAGGAAGCAGUGGAUUCGGAAAAUAUGAUGCAGAUGUCAGACGUAAGACAUGAAAUGCAGGAUGAAGUAACGUGUGAAAAAACAAGACACAUAGAAGCAUAUGAGAAAGAAUCAGCAAAUGAAAAGGAAGGACCACUCUCAGGAACCAAUGAGAAUGCUACCUUAGAGAUGAAUUUGAACUUUACAAGUAACACGGACAAAAAGCUCCAUUGUUAUUCUGAUGAUGCAAAGUCCUGUCAGGAGGAAAAUAAGGACUUUGAGUGUAGCGUUAGAUCCCCUGAAAUCAAAGAAGUGGAGCAUCCAGCUGACAGAGAGGAUGAAGAGGCGUCAGUGGGAUUUCACUCUGGCAGCCCAAAAAAGAUUUCCGUGUCUUUGGAACUGGGAGAACGCAAUGUGAGCCACUGCCAAGCUGAAAAGCCUCAGGAUAUGAGUCAGGCAGGGACUGAAACAGAAGAGAAACACUGCACAGAAAACCCACUGAUGCUGUGUGAGCCCAACAAAUUAGUCCCCACUGCUGAUAACCUGCAGAGAAACAGAGAAAGGAUAGAUGUGAUGGAGGUCAACUUGGAAGUGCAGAGGGAGAGAAUUGCCACAAGCAAUAAAGAUAAGAUGGAGACAGAGCAGCACCAUUGUUCUGAUGUCCAAAUGACAGAAAGUCUGUGUGAGUCAGAUUGUAGAAAGGGCAGUGGGAAGCCUGGAGGAGAGACUGUGUCAGGAGAGCAGGGGGGAGACAGAAAUGAGACUGUGAAGCCACCUGUGGACUGCGACAAUGAGAGUUCAUCUGCAGAGGGCAUGGACCAAUACAUUUCUUCCACGCCAACGCUGUCCCAGGAGUGCGGGGCAAAAAGGUCGAAGUUCAGAGCUCCGUAUAACCUUGGGAACCAACUGCACCAUGACAACGUACAUACAGCUAGUGGAGAUGUCAGAGGGAGCCAUGUUCCUGCUGGACAAAACUCCUCCCCCUCAGCGCAGGACUUGUCCUCAACUGCUGCAAAACUUGACAAGAGCCGCCUGCUUACUUCCCAUUCACGUCAUCUUCCCUUGAUUCCUUCCUUCCCUUUAAAGAGAAAGCAUGAACACCAAUGUGGUGACCCUCCUUCUAAAAUCCACCAAACCAAGCGUGCUCCAAAGUGGGAGCCACCUCAAUACUCACAAGAGAAGGCAGGAAAAGAAGGAGUCAAUGAGCUGAAAAGAGCCAGCACCUCUCUCCGUGAACCAGAGACUGAAGCAAGUUCUUCACAUACAACAGGAAAUGUGUUAGAAGUGGAUAAGGACACACAUGCCCUGAAGAAAACGCGACAAAUUCGACAGACUAAGGUGGCAGAAAGGUGCCGUGAAAUAGCUCGGAUCGCUUCCAAACCAACCCCGGCUUCUGUGCCCGGCAAAGAACUCAAGCACAAGCGGGCCAAACCAAACGGGCCAAAGAUAUCCCAUGACGAGGCCGACGGUAACGAGCCACAGAACCAAUCCAAAGCUGGCUGCCUGACUGCCACCCUGACAUCUGACCCCAGAGUAAAGGAUUCUGGGAAGAUGAACCAAGUGGAAAGGAUGCAAAUGCUCGAGGAGGCGGGGAAGAGCGAGACGCUGGUGCUUACCUUGGUGUAUCGAGACGGAACAACUCAGUUAGACGCAGAACAGAAGCUCACUCCAGAAGUGUGUGGCCUCCUCAUGCUGAUGAAGAACAGCCUCGCAAGCAGCAACCCGGAGGACUCGCUCGCGCCAAACGACACUCUGGUCUACUUGAAACUAGAACACACACCUGCUUGGGCUCAGCAGCACACACACCAGAGCCAGGAGCUGUUUACCAGAGAUAUGCUGCUACAGGUGCUAUCAAGAUCUCAACUGGUGGUGUGCUAUAAAGCCAAGGAUCUGCUCCGUACAGCGCUGCAGUUUUACAGACGAGACCUCAGCUGGAAACAAGUGGCAGGAUGUCGUAUCCAGGACCCGCAGGUCUCAGGGUGGCUGCUGGACCCGGAACAUUCUGCCUCAUGUUUCCAGGACCUUCUCAAUAAACACAGCAAAAGACCCCACACAACUCCUGCACUGGGCACCAAGAAGGUUUCUCAGGUCAUCUCAGGCCUCUAUUCGCUCCACUGGCUCAACAUGGAGCUAUGCUUUAAACUACAAAGCCAGGGCCUGUGGGAGCUGUACUCAGACAUGGAGCUGAACAUGAUCUCUGUUCUCGCAGCCAUGGAGAGCCAUCGCAUCCACGUGGACAAAGAAGCUCUGAAGAGGACUUCAGACCUGCUGGGGACUAAGAUGAAGCACUUGGAGCAGGAGGCCCACCGAGCAGCAGGGCAGAUAUUCCUGGUCACCAGCAGCACUCAACUACGAGCAGUCCUGUUUGAGAAGCUGUGCCUCCACGAGCGCUGCGAAAACAAGAAACUCCCAAAGACCAUCAGCACACAGCAACAGUCAACAUCAGAAGCUGCACUGUUGCAGCUUCAGGACCUCCACCCUCUGCCAAAGAUCAUUCUAGAGUACAGACAGGUUCACAAAAUCAAGUCCACUUUUGUCGAUGGGAUCCUCUCCUGCAUGAAGAGCAAGAACUACGUUUCCUCGACGUGGCACCAGACCAGCGUGGUGACUGGGAGAAUCUCAGCCAAACACCCAAACUUCCAGGCCCUGCCAAAGCAGCCGCUUCAGUUCACCAAGAAGCAGUACAUCGAAGGAAAGGAGGAGGAGAUUGUGACUGUUCAUCCUCGGGCAAUGUUCAUUCCUCAAGAAGGAUGGACCUUUCUUGCUGCAGACUUCUGCCAGGUGGAGCUACGCCUCCUGGCUCACCUGUCCUCCGACCCCGAGCUGCUCCGCAUUUUCACCGACCCGCAGGCCGACGUCUUCACCAUGCUGGCCGCUCAGUGGAAGGGGGUGAGUGAGGGUGAGGUGACUUCUGAGGAUCGGGAACACGCCAAACGCAUUGUCUACUCUGUUGUUUACGGGGCAGGUCGUGAGCGUCUGUCUGGGAUCCUCGGGGUGAGCGCUGAGAAGGCCAGCCGAUUCCAAGACAGUUUCCUGCAGAGCUACAGAGAAGUGCAGACCUUCAUCCAGAGGACCAUCCAGCUGUGCCACAAACGAGGUUACGUUCUCUCCAUCAUGGGUCGUCGGCGGACCCUCGCUAACAUAAACUCCCCGGAUUGGGGUAUCCGGAUGCAGGCUGAGAGGCAGGCUGUCAACUUUGUGGUCCAAGGUUCUGCUGCUGAUCUCUGUAAGAUGGCCAUGAUCCGAAUCUUCAACCUGGUGUCCUCCUCCAGCUCGCUCUCCGCCAGGCUGGUAGCACAGCUCCACGAUGAGCUUCUGUACGAAGUGGAGGAAUCCCAGGUGGAACAGUUUGCAGGUCUGGUGAAGAGCACCAUGGAGUCCCUGCAGCACAUCGACCAUCUAGGAGUCCAUCUUAAGGUCCCCCUGAAGGUGGCAGUCUCCAGCGGAAAGUCGUGGGGAUCCAUGUCUGAGCUCAUCGUGUCUCCCUCUGCUUCUCUUUGAGACCCCCAACCCCUUUUUUACUACCUUAAUGCUUCUAUCACCACUCCCCCUUAAACAAAAAAGAUAUACUUUUCUUGCACUGCUCCCUUCCCCUCUUGUUACAUUUGCCUCCCCAGUUUCUUGCUCCAUGUCUCUCUCCUAAUCUUUUUUGCUUGUCCUGCGUCCACAUCGCUAUGGAAACCAGGCAGCUGCAGCUCUUUCCUGCUCCCAGUUCUUGCUUUCACUCUAUCCGUAUCCGGGGGCAACGGUAGGAGACUGGAUUGCUCUCCUCCAUCCUCCGUCCUGUUUUCACACUCUCUUAUUCAGCCCGACGCUUGUUGCCAAGGUGAAUCCCUACGUUUGAGAGUGCCUGAUAUUUAUUAGUUCAUAAAAUGGUUAUUAAUAUAAUGUUUAAUAGUGUACUGUGUUCUGUACUGUG